AUACAUUUUCAUACCUCUCGGAAUAAAAAGUUGCCUCAGUGAGAUAUCCGAUAAUUACUUAUUUAAUAUCCCAAACUUCCAGCGUUCCUUAGACGAACCCAACGCAGAUAGCUAACCACUCUCAGAUAUGGGAGACUAAAAACCAUAGUUGAGUCUAAUACUGUGACAAUGUAUUAAACCCAAUACAACAACGAAGCAAUAUGAAGAGAGAAAAAAGGAUAAUCUGAGGACUGAAAUACGCAAGGAAAUAUAUUUAACUUGGAACAUAUUUCACUCUACCGUUCGAUAGUCUCUUCCUGAACUUACUGCGGUCCCCUCAUGCGCAUGGUGGGUUAAUCUGGAUCGUUCUCUGAACAGUUUGAGACACAGAAGGGUGUCUCUGUGUCGCCCUUUUGUGCGUCGUCGUGGGACGCUGAGCUCGAAUAUAGGGUAGCCGAGCUACUAGAAAAUGGCCUUCCAGGACGCGUCCUACCAGAUGUUAACAACAACACCAACCUCAGAACACUCUAUGAGCUGUAUAGACUGGGAGUGGUCCUGUGUGAGAUUGGACGGUGGAACUUACUCGCUGAUCUGAGGACGAAACCUAAGGACCGAAGCGGGUGGCGAGAUUUCAUGCUGAAAGGGCCCCUUGUCGAUCUUGGGUGGAGGGUGGGGGAUAAGUAUCAAAGUGCCGUGAGAUCAUUUCUGGAUUGCGAGCUCCCCGACGACGAGAUCCCUCAUGGUUUCUUUACAGGGCAGUUUUUAGAGGAGGUUAUGAAACCGUUGAGUAGUUGCAGCGCUUGAGGGUUUUUGGGAAGUAUGUAUGUAACAUUAAAGGUUGGAUAAAAACACCGUAUAGUUAAUUAACUAUCCAGAGAUAAUAGUUUUGUCACUUUUUCGAUCUUAUUGUAUUUAACCUCGGAAAUAUUAAGACAAGUCAACUUCCGAGUUAUACGUAGGUACCCGUCGUUGUUGAUAUUUAAGGGUUGCUAGCUAAUAAGUUGUAAGAGUGACAGAAAU